CUGGAAGAGUGCUCUACUGUUUGAUAGGAAUUAAAGGCUCUCUUUUACAUUGACAUACAUAGAGAUUGAGAGCCAAACUGUGAUCAACACAUUGUUAACACAUUUUGCAUUUUCUGAAGAGUAUUUUCCAAAUUAUUUACUUUAUAAAUAUCUCUGACUUGAAAAAUAUCAAUAUAUUCGAGGAGUAGUUCACAUCCGCAACAGUUUAGUGGAAGAGUUGGUGAGAAUAGUUGUAUAGCCUAUCGAUUCUCUCACAACAAUUCACUCGAUAAUAACUUCUACAGUAUUUCACUGUUUUUUACAACUUGUUAACUAUAAGUGUUGAAUCAAAAACCACUUAUAAGUAGAUUGUAUAAUGAAUUCGUUCAAAGAGGGCUGGUUUACAGAGACCGGAGUUCUCAACUCCAACACAACUAACUUAUCCAUAAGAGUGGAUCAGAUUAUUCACAAACAGAAGUCCAAGUUUCAGGAUAUUCUGGUCUUUCAGAGUGAAUUGUUUGGUCGAUGUCUUGUAUUGGAUGACGCGAUCCAAUGCACAGAAAAGGAUGAGUUCUCAUAUCAAGAGAUGAUAGCAUUCCUUCCCCUCAAUUCACACCAAAAGCCCCAAAAAGUGCUUAUUAUAGGCGGCGGUGACGGAGGGGUUGUUCGCGAAGCUGUGAAACACCCUUUGGUUGAAGAGGUGAUAAUGUGUGAGAUCGAUGAGGCGGUGGUCGAUGUGUCCAAACGAUUCCUGCCAUUUAUGUCCGGAGCCUUCGAAAGCCCUAAACUGAAACUUCUGUUCGAAGACGGAUACGAAUACGUGAAGAAUCAUAAGAAUGAAUUCGAUGUCAUUAUUACCGACAGCUCUGAUCCGAAAGGACCGGCGGAAUGUCUAUUCCAAGAACCGUAUUAUAGAGCGCUCUUCGAAUCUCUGAGAAGCGGAGGAAUCAUCUGCUGUCAGGCGGAGUCCUAUUGGUUUGAUUUGCCGUUUAUUAAACAAUUGCAUUCCAAAUGCAAAGGCAUUUUCCAAUCGGUGGCCUACGGGUCCACUUGUGUGCCGUCAUAUCCUUCCGGACAAAUUGGUUUUCUCGUCUGUUGUAAAGAUAAAGCCAUCGAUUUCUCGGAUCCGAUCCACAAGUUUUCGCUCAAAGAAUGUAAUUCAAUGAACUUAAGGUAUUAUACCAGCGAAUUACACACCUAUGCCUUCAGACUACCGCCGUUUGUCCAAAAGGUUUGUAUUCAAUGCUUUCCAUUUCAUAAGACAUUAACUAAUUAUACUUAAUUUAAAUGAUAGGAAUUGGACUCCAGUUAGCAAAUCAAUCGAUUCUUUGCCUUAAUUCGACUCAAAAUAUAUAUCAAACACUAAACUAAUGGUUAGAUUUAUGGACCAAACAAAUAAUAGAUGUUAUUUUUUGUUAUAAUUUUUCAAUCAAGACAUUUAAUCGUUUUAUAUUUUGAGUAAAUAUUGAUUAAAAUCUACAUUAAACUCAAUUUCUAAGAGAUAAACA